AUGAGCGUUCCUGACUACAUGCAGUGUGCUGAGGACCAUCAGACUCUCCUGGUUGUGGUUCAGCCCAUUGGCAUUGUACCUGAAGAGAGCUUUUUCAGGAUCUACAAGCGCAUUUCAGCAGUGAGUCAAGUUAACGUGCGCGACUCUCAGCGGGUGCUGUAUAUCCGUUACAGGCACCAUUACCCCCCAGAGAACAACGAGUGGGGGGAUUUUCAGACGCACCGGAAGGUUGUGGGGCUGAUAACCAUUACAGACUGUUCCUCUGCAAAGGACUGGCCUCAGACUUUUGAGAAGUUCCAUCUCCACAAGGAGCUGUAUGGUGCUACUCUCUACGAUUCCCGCUUGUUUGUCUUUGGGCUUCAAGGAGAGAUUGCAGAGCAACCCCGCACAGAUGUGGCAUUUUAUCCUAGUUAUGAUGAAUGUGAAACUGUGGAGAAGAGAAUAGAAGACUUUAUUGAAUCCCUCUUCAUAGUGUUGGAGUCUAAGCGACUUGACAGAGCCACUGAUAAGUCUGGAGACAAGAUCCCGCUCCUCUGUGUUCCCUUUGAGAAGAAGGAUUUUGUAGGUCUGGACACUGAUAGUAGGCACUAUAAGAAGCGUUGUCAGGGCCGGAUGAGGAAACACGUUGGUGACUUGUGUUUACAAGCUGGAAUGUUACAGGAUUCCCUGGUGCAUUAUCACAUGGCAGUGGAACUUCUGCGCUCUGUGAAUGACUUUCUGUGGCUUGGAGCUGCUCUGGAGGGGUUAUGCUCAGCAUCAGUCAUUUACCAUUAUCCGGGUGGUACUGGAGGUAAAGUUGGAUCUCGCAGGGCACAAGGAGGUUCUCUUUCUGCUGAGGCAGGCAACAGGCACAGGCCAGGGGCACAAGAAGUUCUCAUUGAUCCAGGUGCUCUGACUUCCAAUGGUAUUAAUGCAGAUACCAGUGCUGAGAUAGGACGUGCCAAGAAUUGCCUUAGCCCUGAAGACAUCAUAGAUAAAUAUAAAGAAGCCAUUUCUUACUAUGGCAAGUACAAGAAUGCUGGGGUGAUUGAGCUGGAAGCCUGCGUGAAGGCAGUGAGAGUCCUCGCCAUACAGAAAAGGAGCAUGGAAGCCUCUGAGUUUCUUCAGAAUGCAGUUUACAUCAACCUUCGUCAGCUUUCAGAAGAAGAGAAAAUCCAGCGCUACAGCAUUCUGUCUGAGCUCUACGAGCGGAUCGGCUUCCACCGCAAGUCUGCCUUCUUCAAGCGCAUAGCAGCAAUGCAGUGUGCAGCCCCCAGCAUCCCAGAGCCUGGCUGGAGGGCCUGCUACAAACUGCUCUUGGAAACCCUCCCUGGCUAUAGCUUAUCGUUGGAUCCUAAAGAUUUCAGCAAAGGAACUCACAGAGGAUGGGCUGCAGUACAGAUGCGUUUGCUUCAUGAACUAGUAUAUGCUUCCAGAAGAAUGGGCAAUCCUGCUCUGUGUGUCAGGCAUCUGUCUUUCCUGCUCCAGACCAUGCUGGACUUUCUUUCCGAUCAAG